AUGUGUGAAGUUCAGAUGAAAUUACAAACAGCGUUCUUCGAACAACAACAAGAACGAGCAGAAGCGCAAAUGAAAAUGCAACAGAGCUUCUUUGACAAACAGCAUAGCCUGAAAGUUAAAAGUGAGAAUACAGUCAAGUUACCUAAGUUAGACAUGAUUUCCUUUAACGGAGAUAAACUCAAAUGGACUGAAUUCUGGGACUCAUUCUCCAGUGCUGUACAUGAAAACGACAAGCUGUCAUCAGUUGACAAGUUCAACUAUCUAAAGGGAAAGCUCUAUGGUGAAGCCCGAAGUGCUAUCGCUGGAUUGGUUAUGUCGAAUGAAAACUACAACAUUGCUAUCCAAAUUCUCAAGGAAAGAUUUGGAGAUCAGCAAGACAUUAUAGAUUUGCAUUAUAAGGGACUGGUGAAUGUUGCGUCCCCUAGGGAUACGACUGAAAGUUUGCGACUUUUCUACGACAAAAUACAAAAACACUUGAGAAGUUUGGUGGUUAUGCAUGAGAAUUUGGAGCAACAAGUUUUCGUGUCAAUCAUUCGGAGCAAACUGCCAAGUGAAGUUCUUAUGCAUCUUGAAAUACAGAAAGGCUCAGACAACAAGUGGACAUUAACUAAGCUUUGUGAAUUGCUCCGACAGUAUAUUGUGUCAAAAGAAAAGUCGGACAAACCCAAACCCAGUCAACGCUAA